GAAAGACCGCGAGUGAGCCGCGCGCACGCCAACCAGUCAGAUCAAUGUGAACUUGAUUCCGCGGCGAUUCUGUGCCGAAGGACGGGCGAGGUCAUCAUAAUUUAUUAUAUUUCUGCUCCGUAGAUACCAGAAAAGCUGGUUGUAGCUGUAACACAAGAAAUAUACCUAUAGUUACUCACAAUACGUGAGACGGAGAGAGAUUACAUUAUAGUUUACACGCGUUACGUUUAACUUAUAAUAUAAUAACGUUGCAGACGCCAUCUGUAAUCUUAACACAUGUCGCAUGUCAGAAACCAUCAGUGUACACUAAAGUCGGCGCUUUUAGAGUGACUUGUGCCAUAAAAUAUCUGCAGAGGUUAAAUAUAAGGCCGUAAUAUAUAUAAUAUACAAGGAUCGUAGAUAAAAUAAAAUAUAAUAUAAUAUCGUGAACGAGGAGUAUAGAGAGAAAAUAGACCUGACUUGUAAGAGGGGAAAGUUUGGGAUCAGGACACGUGAAUUCUAAUAUUCAAGGACAGGAACAAAAAUGUCGGGCUCUAAAGUUCAGAGAAUUGAUUUAGAAAAGCCAAGAUGGGAUCAAAGUACUUACUUAGGACGUGCCAAGCAUUUUUUCAACUUAACUAAUCCCUUGAAUGUGUUUGCGUCAGACAGUGAACUUGACAGAUCACGGGAAAUUGUUUCUAAAUACAGAAAAGGAGAAUCGCUGGAAAGCCUGAAGAUAACCGAAGAUGAACUGUGGAAGAAUAAAUAUUUAUAUGACAGUGCGUAUCACCCAGAUACUGGAGAAAAAAUGCUCGUUAUUGGACGCAUGAGUGCCCAAGUUCCCAUGAAUAUGUUUAUUACUGGCUGCAUGUUGACUUUUUACAAAUCUACACCAGCUGUCGUGUUCUGGCAAUGGUUCAAUCAGUCCUUCAAUGCGGUGGUUAAUUACACAAAUCGCAGUGGUGCCAGUCCAAUUCCCACUGAAACUUUGGUACGCAGCUACGUAGGCGCAGUAGGUGGCGCAGUUAUCACUGCUUUGUCACUGAACCGUUUGGCGCGACGCGCGCCCCCUCUGGCAGGUCGUUUGGUUCCAUUGGCAGCCGUAGCUGCUGCUAACUGCGUGAACAUUCCACUGAUGAGGAUAACUGAGUUGCAAGAAGGAAUUGAACUUCAAAAUGAGGAAGGAGCAAAGUUGGGCAAUAGUAAAAAAGCUGCUCGGGAAGCCAUUGCUUCUGUUACUAUGUCCAGGAUUUUGAUGGCAUCUCCUAGUAUGGUUCUUUCACCAAUACUGAUGAACUUCUUGGACCGACGCAACAUGUUAGCGAAAGCAAAAUGGGCUGCAGCGCCAAUCCAAUUAGCAGUUUGUGGUGUCUGUUUAACCUUCGCAACUCCUUUGUGCUGUGCUCUUUUUGCUCAACGAGUGCCAGUUACUAUCGACCACCUAGAGCCUGAAGUACAGGAAGCAAUCCGUGCUAAAAAUCCAACAAUAAAUAUGCUUUACUACAAUAAAGGGUUAUGAACGGUGACAUACAAGGUUAUGUUUUAUCCCAUAAGUUUCAAAAAAUGGGCGCAAUUUUCUUAUUGUUACGUUUAAUCAAUUUUACAUUGAUAGAAAAAUUAAUUUUAUUCAAACGAAUAGAAAUUCUUUAACUGAAAGAAAAAACUAUUCAAAAGUUUUCUCUUGAAUUUAGUUAAUUUUUCUAUCAGCUAACAGAUGGCCAUAUUGUUAGAUAACUGUUUUGUUGUGGUUAUGUUACUGUUACUCGCUGCGAAUAAGAAUCUCAUAAACAUUCCUCAGAAUGUAUUGUACACCUAACUGUGAAACAAAGACACUUAAAACUUAUAAAUACAAAAAAACAUUUCAUUAUAUCUAAGAAAUAAGAAAUGAAUCUCUGGGAGGCAUUUACGAGGACUGAGAUCUUACUCAGGGGAUAAAUGACAAUAAAUAGAUGAUUAAUCUAAA